CAGGAAGGAAGGACCUAGCACUGAACGACUUGGCAAAGCAAAUCCCAUUGUGUUCUCUGAACUGGGAUGUCCCAGAGGUUCUUAAGCCUAGGCAAACUCUGGGGCGAACCCAGGGAAGGAGGCAUAUCUCUGGAGGCAUCCUAGUCUAGAGGACUCAGUAGGCAAAAAGGGAAGCAGAUAUAACUGGACGGAGGAGAGAAAGAGAGGGUAAGGCAGGCAGAUCGCUCCAGCCCUACUCCGGUUUCACUUCGGUUUCAAGGAAGCCCCAGGCUCUCGACUGGCCUCUUCCCUGACCGGUCCGGGGUGACUGUGGCAGACAACGCUGUGCGGCGACCCUUCUGCGGAAAGCCCCUCCCACGGGCUGCCCCGGACCGCCUAUCCAUUCCCCCACCCCCGAUAAAUGCCUCCUGGGCGCUACGCAUCAACUUGCGCCGCGCCUUCCCUCUCGCCCUCGCCCAGACUGGCGAGGAAGGCUGAGUAGGGGUCCCCAGGCGGUGGGGUCCCCUUCCCUGCCCCCGGCCCGAGGCCAUGUCCACGGGCUCUCUGAGCGAUGCCGAAGAAUUUCCCGAGGCGGAGAUUCUGGGCUGCGCGGGCAGCCUGAUAAUGGACCGCCGCCGCUCGCCGCCUCCCCCGCGCGAGAGCCCCGCCGAAGGCUCGGCCGGCGACCGGGGCUCCCCCGGCAAAGGCCGGGGCGCGACGGGCGCGGGCAAGGCGCGGAAGAAAGCGCAGGGCAAGAAGAGCCCGCUGGGAGCCGCAGGCCAGGAGGGCAAGCAGGUCCAGCGGAACGCGGCCAACGCCCGCGAGCGGGCUCGCAUGCGAGUGCUGAGCAAAGCCUUCUCGCGCCUCAAGACCACCCUGCCCUGGGUGCCGCCGGACACCAAACUCUCCAAGCUCGACACGCUCCGCCUGGCCUCCAGCUACAUCGCCCACCUGAGGCAGAUCCUGGCCAGCGACAAGUACGAGAACGGCUACCUCCACCCGGUCAAUUUGACAUGGCCCUUUAUGAUUGCUGGCAAACCAGAGAAUGAGCUGAAAGAAGCAGUGAACACAACUCGGUUGUGUGGCCCUACCGCAUCCUGACCCAGGAUUUUCAAGCAUGAGAAAACCACUCUUCUAUGUGGAUGAAUGCAUUCGUGCAUGUGUGUAUGAAUGGGGGAGGCAUUUAAAGGAGGCAGCAAACUGUUUUCUCAUGGAAAAAAAAAUCCUAAAACUGAAAAGAAGACCAAAUAUACUAUGCCAAAGGAAAAUGAAGCAAAGAACAUAUAUUUAACUUUAUUAACUUGUAUAUAUAUUUGAAUAUCCUGCAGCAACGCCUUGCUGGUCCAAGUGCUGUUCUCUGGAUCCAACCAGAAUUUGCAAUUUUCUAUCUUUGUGUACUCCACCUUGUGAAAGACGGCGAUUCCUAGAAUCAAUUAUUCUGAAAUCACAUCUCUCUAAAAGAAUACACAUUAAAGAUAUUCUAUGAAUAUAUUUUCUUCAAA